AUUUAUUUGGAUAUAGUAACAGCAUAAUGGUUCUAAAGCCUAACAUUUAAAUGCAUGCAAUUUUAAUAUUCAACUUCCUAACGGUAAACAGAUGUAUGAGUGUCUAUCUAUUUCUCUCUCUGUGUACACAAGCAAACACAUGCCACAGUUGUAGUGCUCUUGAUGUGUGUGUGCAUAUUUUAAGCCAUUUGCAUAUAUGACACUGAGCAUGCUGGAAUAUUGUCUUAAUUUUAUCUAGUAAAUAACCAAAUUUAAAAUUACUCCUGAUUUUUAGCAUCCCAUGGUAUAAAACAUGGCUCCCAGGCAUUUCAUGAAUCCUCUCACCCUAUGGUCCUAUAACAAAAAAAAAAAGAAGGUUUUCCAAGCACAUCCUUACCAAAUGUAGAGAGAUCCUGCCAUGAGAAAGCUGGCUUUCAAAUAUCUAAUUCUGCACUAACAUAAGACAUUGAGUCAUGGCUAUUAUUGGAAGCAGAAUCCUAUUUCUUCCCAGCACCUUUCUGUUGGCAAGAUCAGAGGCAGGGAUAUUAUACGAUAAUGGGUAAACCUCCAGGAAGUUUAAUGACACUUUCCUCACAAGGGGUUCGAACUCUUUUGAAGUUUAUAUUCAUAGCAGAUUCAUUUCCAUGUUGCCCGAUUCCUUAAGGAGAUCCUCCUGGCUUUUCCCUCCACUGUAUUCUCCUCGCCUAAACGCCACCAGUAUCAGAUUCAGCGGCUGUCCUUGGGCGGAGGACUGGUGCCAGCUGACAGGGAAGUUUCCGAAAGCUCAGGAAAAUCUCAGGCCGGCUUGACCGCCCUCGCGCAGGUCUCCGCGCCGCUGAAAAGCGCGCGCCGGUGGUUGGCGUUCCCCUCUCUCAAGCGGGCGCUGAAGGCGCGGAGGGCGAGAGCCGUCUCUUCCCCGCGCUGGGCGGCGCGCGCUGGGAAGAGCCGGUCUGAGACGGCUGGGCGGGCUGUAAAGCGUAUCUCCAUGUGGGUGACCUUCGGAGAACCCGAGGCGUUCCCGGUUGGAGGAAGACGCGGCGUGUUACCUGCGUGGGAAACUCUCUCUUUUGGGCUGCCAAAAGCUGGCAGUCACGGGCGCUAAUUGCCAGCCCGGCCUGGUACUGUCCUCCUUCCUCUCGCCUGCAGGUGCGUAAGUGAGGAAGAAGCGGCUCGUGAGGUAGACCUGUAGAAGAAGGGCGGGGCGGGGGGAACGAAAGGCGAGCCUCGCAGGAGCUCGGAGGUGACCCCCACAGGCCGGGCAGGAGGAGAUGAAACCCGGCAGGGAAGGAGGGGCAGAGGGCGUUCUUGGCCGGACUGCCUUCCCUCUCCCCCCCGCGUGACUUCGGUCUCCCCCUGCAGGCGGCGGGGGCAGGACCACCAUCAUGCUAGCAGCGAACCGGUCUGCCGCCGGCGUCGCUUCCCCUUCCAGCUGAACGGAGAGUGCCGGCACCGUAGCCGCUCAAUGGGCGCGACUCGGGUUUGCCCGGGAAUUCCCGGGAUCGGUCCCUGGCUGCUCCUGAUCGCCGGCUUUGUGCAGUCUGUGGUCGUGGCCGCCGCCUCGGAAAAAGAGCUGAGCGAUCCGGCUGCCAUGCCAGCCAUCCGUCCCAGUCCCAGAGCAGGCACCUUGCAGGCGCCGACGGGGACCCCUUUCGAGGAGACCAGGCUUCAUGUCUUUACCUUGGAUUACCCGCACGUGCAAAUCCCCUUCGAGAUCACCCUCUGGAUCCUCCUGGCUUCCUUAGCCAAGAUCGGUUUUCAUCUCUACCACAGAUUGCCCCAUAUAGUUCCAGAAAGCUGUCUCCUUAUUGUGAUUGGACUGAUUUUAGGUGGAAUUAUAUUUGGGGUACAGGAAAGGUCUCCACCGGUGAUGAAGAGCGAUGUUUUUUUCUUGUAUCUUCUUCCUCCAAUUGUCCUUGAUGCUGGUUAUUUUAUGCCAACACGCCUCUUCUUUGAGAACUUUGGCACCAUUUUUUGGUAUGCUGUUGUGGGCACCCUCUGGAAUUCAUUUGGCAUUGGCAUUUCCCUCUUUGCCAUUUGCCAGAUUGAGGCCUUUGGUCUGAGUGACAUCACUCUGCUGCAGAGUCUGCUUUUUGGCAGUUUGAUUUCAGCAGUGGAUCCUGUGGCUGUGCUGGCUGUCUUUGAAAAUAUUCAUGUCAAUGAGCAGCUGUACAUCUUGGUUUUUGGGGAAUCACUCUUGAAUGAUGCUGUAACUGUGGUCCUGUACAACUUGUUCAAAUCUUUCUGCCAGAUGCGUACAAUUGAGGCCAUUGACAUAUUUGCUGGAAUUGCUAAUUUUUUUGUAGUUGGCAUUGGUGGAGUUUUGAUUGGAAUCAUUCUUGGAUUUGUAGCAGCUUUUACUACUCGUUUCACCCAUAAAAUUCGAGUGAUUGAGCCACUGUUUGUCUUCUUAUACAGCUACCUAUCGUACAUAACAGCUGAAAUGUUUCACCUUUCAGGCAUUAUGGCGAUUACAGCAUGUGCUAUGACCAUGAAUAAAUAUGUGGAGGAGAAUGUUUCCCAGAAGUCCUAUACUACUAUAAAAUAUUUCAUGAAGAUGCUGAGCAGCGUCAGUGAAACCCUUAUCUUUAUUUUCAUGGGAGUAUCUACAGUGGGAAAAAACCAUGAAUGGAACUGGGCCUUUGUUUGCUUCACUCUGCUAUUUUGUUUGAUUUGGCGUUCACUAGGAGUUUUUGCACUGACUCAAGUGAUAAAUGUAUUUCGGACAAUUCCUAUAACAUUUAAAGACCAGUUUAUUAUCGCCUAUGGAGGUCUCCGAGGAGCUAUAUGUUUUUCUCUUGUUUUCCUGCUUCCUUCUGCUGUAUUCCCUAGAAAAAAGCUUUUCAUUACUGCCGCUAUUGUAGUGAUAUUCUUUACUGUGUUCAUUCAGGGAAUGACAAUUCGUCCACUGGUGGAGUUUCUUGAUGUCAAAAGAUCAAAUAAGAAGCAACCAGCAGUCAGUGAGGAAAUCUACUGUCGGUUCUUUGAUCAUAUGAAGGCUGGUAUUGAAGAUGUAUGUGGACACUGGGGUCACAACUUUUGGAGAGAUAAGUUUAUAAAAUUUGAUAAGAAGUACCUAAGAAGACUUUUAAUUAAGGAAAAUCAACCAAAAUCAAGCAUUGUUGCCCUGUACAAGAAAUUGGAAAUAAAGCAUGCCAUUGAAAUGGCAGAGAAUGGGAUGAUAAGCACAGUUCCAUCUCUAGCUUCUAUCAAUGAGCCUCAAGAAGAACAAAAGAUAAAUACACCUUAUUCUGGUCAGAUGGAUAACAUAAGAGAUAUUUUAACAAAGAAUCUCUAUCAGAUACGGCAAAGAACUCCAUCAUAUAAUAGAUACAGUCUUGCUGAAGAUGCAAAUGAAAAGCAGGCCAAAGAAAUUUUGAUUCGUCGCCGACAUAUUAGCUUUUGCAAAUUAUUUUUCCUACCAUCUAUGGUGGAUACCAAAGCACCACGUUACUUAUCACUACCUAAAAAUGCUAAACUUGCAGAGAAAAUACGGAAAAGAAAUCAAUCCUCUUUUAAAGUAAGUGACAGCAGUGAUUCUGAAUCUGACCAUACCAUGGUGCUGAAUUUAAAAUCCCAAGCAGGAAAAAUUUUGAGAGAUCAAAGACUUCGGCAGCAACAAUGCAGAAUUGAGUGGAAGAAUGAAAUGGACAGGGACAAUGGUGGUAAAGUGAACUAUCCUGCAGGAACAAGAGGCUUCCGGCAACCACUGUUGCCAAGACCAGCAUUUGGCACAGUGAAUGAAGAAGAAUCAGCUGAAGAUGACAGAUCAGUCAAGCCCCAGCCACCACCUCGAUUAGCCCGACAGGCAUCAAAAGCGGAAAGGCCAAGAGAUAAAUAUGAGAAUAAACCACAGUAAUAAUUAUUAAACAGAUGAUAACAUUCAACAGCACAUAUAGUAGACUAACAUUGUGUAAACUGUAGUAGGGCAGUUGGAUUCAUUUAAAACCUAGCCCUAGAUUUGUGGGGGUGGGAAGGAAAGAAAAUCUAGUCAGAAAUCAAGUAGGGAGAAAUUCUCAGCUGCUAUGGGACCAGAUAGUGCAAAUUAUACAAUGAAGACAAGUUUGAUCACUUAUUAUAGAUUGUAUGCUUGACAUGUGAUUUAUCUAUCUAUCAAGGGAAAGACUACCAGAUCUGAACUGUAAAAAAUCUGGAACACCACUAAGGGGCAGCCCUAAUUAAAACUAAAUUUUAAUUAGAGGUUGCACUAAAAAAAUUCCCAUCCUGUUAAAGAUAUCCAAUGUGCCGACUCACAGUUAGGAAUUACUUUAAAGAAGAGUCUGCAACAACAAACAGGGUUCUCUUGAUUUGGGGAUACAAUCCUGUACAUGUACUCUGUACAGGUACAUGUACAUGUACUCUGUACAUGUACUCUAAAAGCAAAGGAGCUUACUUUUAGGUAAAUGGGAAUAAAUUUUGCACAUUAUUACAACUGCAUAAUACUUGAACCACAGAGCCAACUACAGCAGCCAUCAACUAUUUUCUUGACAAUCCUUCACACCUUGCCAUCGCUCCUCUGCCUUGCUAUUUCUUAUGAAUCACAGAUCUGUUCAUGAUCAUCCACAGGAGCUUGCUUUUUUGACAGAAAUAAUAAUGCAUAGAUUAUUCUGCUCAUUCAACUCAGGUAAUAUAGAGGCUGCUUCCAAAGUCCAAAUUCUAAUAUUCUGUAGAAAUGCAAAUAGGACAGCUUUUCUUUCAAUCAUCAUGCUUUUUAUUACACUAAGUUAAUGGUCAGAUGUUUAUUUAUUUAUUAAAAUGUACUGAAGAUAUUUUAAAUUAUAUUUUAGCACCCAGGUACAGAAUUUAAAAAAAAAAAAACAUUGCAGAUCAAAGAUCUUUGCUGUAAGCCAGACAGGAUUGUCUUUAAAAGCCUUGCUACAGCGCUCCUCUUAUAUGUCGCUCUUACUUAAUGAUUUCUUCUCUUUGAAAAUAGUUUGCCAUUUGAAGGAAGGAAAAUAAAAAU